AUGCCAACAUCUCCACUCAUCCUCGACCCAAUAGCCGAAUGGCGCGCCUGGCAAGUCCUUCGAAUCUAUUUCACAGUCCUUCUAAACCGCCAAGUCCGGCGCCGCUGGCAACUCGAGCAAAAAUGCAUGCAAGACACACCAGCCUCUCAACGCUUCCGUCCAGUAAUCUUUAUGGAGCAGGUUCCCUCGCUCCAAAAACCGCGAACGAGGCAACAAGACAGAGAUCACAGACAUAGCCCGUACAAUCGGGACGCGCUGGAGAAACUCAAGACGAGAGUCCGGCUGAUUCGUGCCCGUGUUGAGAAGGGGAAGGAGCUUGCUGGCGAGAUUGAGCGGCGUAUGCUGGAUCCUUACGUGCAGUUCCCUUCGCACUUUUGUCAUAGUUGUGUUGUUGACGGGGAUGUGGCUGACAUACUGCUUUCGAAGUGUGGGCAUCGGAUUUGUGUUACUUGUCUUUCGUUUGUUGAUGAUGUUGAUGGGGUAUAUGAGUGUAAUAUUUGCUUCGUGCCUGUGAAGCUCUUGGAGAGAUAUCCACUGCCGGAUUCGUGUGAACAGUUUUCGAAAGUGUCGAGGCUUUGUCAGGCUUGA